AUAAAUCUUGAAACUAAGCGAUAUCGAAAUACAGCACAAUAUUUCCUUUCCAAUACGGAAUAGUCUUGUCAAUCAGCUGACACCUGAUUUGGAAAUCUAUGACAGACAGUGUCUGUGUGUACAAGUUGUUCAUAUUGUGCAAUCUUAAUAAUUUUCUGGAUAAGAAUUGUUUAAAUUUAUUAAAAUGUCGUUGAACACUGCUCAUGCUAAUGGGGGAGUUCUUAUACAUGCAGGAGAAUGUAUUCUUUUGUUUUCCGAUGCUGUAACAAUUGAAUUCCAUGGACAUCCUGAUAAUGUAUUUAAAGGAGCAAAAUCUGGCCGACUGUAUUUGACAACACAUCGUAUGAUCUUCAAUAAUAAAAAUCAGCAAGAUGCAAUGGUUUCAUUCAGCUUUCCAUUCGUAACGCUAAGUGAUCUUGAGUUGGAACAGCCGGUGUUUGGAGCGAAUUUCAUCAAAGGCAAGGUGCGCGCGCAGCCCAAUGGCAACUGGGUGGGAGAGGUCAAGUUCAGGCUGACCUUUAAGAAGGGAGGCGCAAUCGAUUUCGGACAAGCUAUGCUCAAGGCUGCCCAUAUGGCCUCCAGAUCGGGAACACCAGCUGAUGCUCCCCCGCCAUACGCCCCUCCUCCUGGCCCCUGGUACGCUGCACCCCCUCCUGCCUACGCCCCCCCACCCGGAGGCUACUAUGGAUGGGUGCCUCAGGCUCAAGCUUUUCCCAAUGCGCCGCCUGCGAAUUCGGUGUACAUGACUGACAGUCCACCCCCCUACCCGGGCAUCAACGGCUACAAUGGCUAUAUGCAAGCACCGCAGAAUGGCGCAACCGGCUUCACUCAGCAGCCCAUGCCUCCUGCGGAUGCGAAAGCAGCCGAAGCGGCUCAGAGUGCCUACUAUGAUCCUAGUAAGCCGCAGUGCGCUUAUGUCCCUCCACCAGCUUAUUAUGAACCACCACCGUCCUACCAGGAGACCAAGAAAGAUCAGUAAUAAAUGAAGAUGGGAGGAGGCGCACCAUUUGAAAUUUUCAAUGAAUUGCAUGUUAUAAAAUCAAAUGUAAUGUUUGCAAAAGUAUAUUCAAUACACGAAAUUGUGCUAGAAAUAAACUAUCAUAAUAUUUUUAAAAUGUAAAAAUAUUGUAGUAUUAAAUAUCUGCUUGUCGUUUGAUAUGGUAUGAAAUAACUUGACUUGAAAUAACCUUAUGAUGUGGCCAAGAAAAGCUUAUGAUAAAGCUCAAAACAGUCUGAUAACUAAUAAUACUUCUGAAAGAUCGAUAAUAAUUAUAAUUUUCUAAAACACUCCUAUCUUAAUGUUCUUCUGUUUCAUUUGACAACAUUAUAGAUAAUCAUCGCCUUUGAAGGAUAUGGAAUGCAUAUUUUGAAUCAACAAAGGUUGUUUUGAGAUCAAAAUCAUUAGAAAUUAAUAAUAAAAGCUGAGAUUUGAAUUCCUUUAAAAAAAUUCAAUGUUUGUCAAUAACUUUAACGGAUCUUUUCUCUCUCAUUCACAAGCUUGUUCUCUCUUGUACAUUACUUUCAAUCACCUAUAUAAUCAUUAAAACUAUUAUCAUAUUGUGUUUUAUCGAAUGUUGAUGUGUUUUUUCUUAUUUCAUCAAGUCAUACCAAAAACAGUAUAAACCAAACCCCCCCCCCCCCAUUAAAAUUAGAAACUUAUUACUUUUACUUCGAGAUUUUUUCAAUAUAUCCCCAGUGUUCUAAUAGUACUGACUAAAAGAAUAAAACUCUUAUCCAAAUUUUCACAAUACCUGUCCACUUUUUUCAUUUUGAUUGUAUUUUCCAAUUUGGUGUUGAAGAGUGGAGUUUCCUUUUUCAUAUUGGGAAGUUGUCAGGUUGAAAUAACAUUUGUUAGAAAGCUGUCAACCCAUUUUUUCCGUAUUUGUGAAAAUACAGUAUAUUUAUAAAUUAAGCUUUAAUUCAGCUUUGAAGUCAUGAUUUGGAAAAAAUUAAACUUUAUUGUAAUGAAUUUCUACAACAUAUAAUUUUAAUAUAAUUAUUUCCAGUAAUUGAAACACAUUCCCUGAUGUUUUGUUAUAGAAUAGAAUAUAUGAUUUUGAAGAGGAAUAUAUUGUAUUUGUAAUCAAUAGUCUAUAUUUAUAAAUUAUAUAGUAUUUAUACAAUUUAUCAUUCGUGUUAUAAAUAAAUUAUGACUCAUGUAAUAACUGCAUCAAUGAUUUGUAUGAUAUAAUAAAUUGUUAUAUUAAAUUGUUACUGAUAAUGCAGGUAUUUUUCAGUAAUAAAAUGUUUGAAUAAAUAAUUA